AUGGCGGUGAGUGAGCUAGAUGAGUGGCGCCAGCAGGCGUACGAAAACUCCUCAACUUACAAAGCAAGGACUAAGAAAUGGCAUGAUCAAAGGAUUCGUGAGCCUAAGGAGUUUCAGGUUGGGGAUCGAGUGUUGCUUUACAACUCUCACCUUCGUCUGUUUCCCGAAAAGCUGCAGACUCGUUGGUCUGGACCAUUUCAGAUCGGACAAGUCUUUCCAUAUGGAGUGGUAGAGUUGCAUCAUCCAGAAAAGGGAAACUUCAAAGUGAACGGCCAUCGGCUAAAGCGAUACCAUUGUAACUCGUUGGAUAGUGAGCAACGAGUUGACCUGGCUUUGUAUGCACAGGAAGGGUGA